CAAAAGAAAUUCAAGGAAAUUCAAAGCUAUGUCCCGGAAAUUACAACAAUUUACCUACAACUUGUUUACAAUCAAUGUAAUUUGUCAUUUAUACAUAUGAAAACGUCCCUCCCAGUCAUCGGAUUUAAUUUCGAGCAGAAGAGGAAAACCGUUGCAAGCAAUAAACGCUACCUCAGAAAGUACCAUCAGGAUUAACACUUAAAAUCAAGAAGGUUCUCAUUCCGGGGCUGUGGCAUUGAACCAGAAAUGCUGAAGGUUAAAAUCAAGACUGAGAAACCAGAUAUUGAGGGAUCUGGCGCCCGUGGUCGCUUGGAUGCUGUGCUCCAGGGACUGGUGGAGAAAAAUGAAAAUAGUGAGAGAGAUCAGAUUGAAGAUGACGCCGGAAAAACGGCAACAGACUCUUUGAGCAAGGACCUUUCGCCAUCUUCUGCUGGAAAAAGGCCGUCAGCACGCUUUCCCCAGCACAGGAGGAAGAAGCGCAAAGAGAUGGAGGACAGCAUUGCUGAGAGCAAUCAGCACAAACAAAAUGCAUACAUCAUUAAGCUGUUCGACCGCAGCGUAGACCUGGCACAGUUCAGCACCAGCACCCCUCUUUACCCAAUCUGCCGGGCCUGGAUGCGGAAUAACCCAACAGUACGUGACCAGUCUGCUUCCCCCAGUCCCCCACAAAACAUGUCUGAUGAUGAGGUGGUUGACAUGAUAAAUGGUAAGAGUCCGAAUGUAUACCGACUUCCACCACCCACUCCCUGUCCCACCAACUCUUCAGGGGAACCCGUUAAUCUGAGGAUACCACCUAUAGUAAAGGCCACUCUCACAGAGUGUACAGAUGCAGCCUCCACUGCCACUCCUCUCAUGUAUAACCAUAUGGCUCGAUGGAAAAAAAUCAGACAAAAGUGGAAGGAGUCCUCUAACAAGAACCAGCUGAGAUAUGGAGAGAGCAUUAAGAUUUUGAAGGACAUGUAUGAUCGCUAACGUCCGCUGCUCAUUUAAAAAAGAGGAUGGAUGGAUUGUACAAACAGGAUGGAUGGACAGUAAAUGUUUUGUAGCACAUAUAUCAGUAUCUGCUUUCUGUUAUUUGGGCUGUCAAAAAACACAAGUCACCACCAUUGCUUAGUGUUCUUGGUGACGUUUUUUUUUUUUAUUUCCAAAUGUGAAAAUCCAGAACGUGGCUUUUUUUCUGUGGGCAAUUAAAACAGACACCAAUGCAAA